CAUGCGCGGUAAGUUGUUUACAUUCAGACGGAGCUGGCUGUCGGCGUCAUCUUUGUUUUGCCGCGCUGCUCCCUACAGGUUGUGGGAUUCUCAGACUCUUGGACAUCCAAGUGCUACUCACAGUUGCAAAGAAGAGCAGAGAAUGGAGUGGGAGCCCCAUGAACUGUGGACAGCAUAUAGGCUGGGGCUGUGUCUGAAGUUCCUGUAGCAUCAAGGGAAAGAGACACCAUGGCUGCCUCCAGGAUUCUUCUGGUUCUGCUCUCUAUAUCCCUGCUGGCCCUGACCUCAGCUCAAAGGGCCAAUGAAGAUGAUGAAAAUUCUCCUCAAGAUCAAGAAGCCCUUGAAGAAGGAGAUGCCAACCAACAAAAUGGUGGUAUACACAAAGGGCUAAAUGAAAUAAAGAACCAUUUGCAAGAUCAACUAAACCAGCAUGGUGAGGAGAGCAUCAAGCUCAGGAGAGGGAAGAAUGGCCAAGGUAGAAACAGAAGGUCUGCUGAUGACAGCUUGGAAGGCCAGGAUCUUCAGAGUGAAAAUCAACGAGGAGGAGAUGGUCAAGGAGACCGUGGUCGCAGAGGCCAGAAAGGCCAGAAAGGAAAAGGUGGCCAGAAAGGCCAGAAAGGAAAAGGUGGCCAGAAAGGCCAGAAAGGAAAAGGUGGCCAGAAAGGCCAGAAAGGAAAAGGUGGCCGGAGAAACCAGCAGGGUCAGUACAACAGCAGUUCCAAAAACCAAAGAAAAGGAGAACCAGCUAAAGAUGUUCUCCAAUGAUUCCCUUGGGGAUAAUUACAUUCUAUGUUUUAGUAAACUUCUCUUUCAGUCCCCCAGUUUCGCAUUGCUCUGAGUUUUGCACCUUCUCAUUCUCUCCACCACUUUUACCAAGCUCCAUUUUUGCCAUUCUCCUCACAUCCACAUAUCAAAAGUCCCUCUUCCUUCUCAUAGCAGCGUUUCCUCUGCCUCAUCUGAAUUUCUCUCAUUAUCACAUUAGUUUAAUGUGUUCCUAAGUUUUUCUCUCUUUUACCAUCUCCCUUUCUCUUUCUUCUUCCUUUGUUACUCCUCCUAAUCUCUUCCCUUUCCUCUUCCCUCUCUUCUACCUUCUUUUCCUCUUGCUUAAUAUUUCCUUCCUUCCUUCCUUCCUUCCUUCCUUCCUUCCUUCCUUCCUUCCAUUAUCUUUUUUUUCUUUCUUCUAUCUUUCUUCCUUUUUUUUCGGAGCUGAGGACUGAACCCAGGGCCUUGCACUUGCUAGGCAAGCUCUCUACCACUGAGCUAAAUCCUCAACCCCUCUUCUUUUUUUUUUUAUUGAAACAGGACUUCAAUUUUUAGCACAGGCUAGCCUGGAAUUCACUAUGCAUUCCAAGUUUUCCUCACAUUCAAUGGUCUUCCUGCUUCACUAUUCUUAGUGCUAUUAUAGGCAUAGAACACCAUGUCCAGCAAUAUAAUGUAUUUUAACGAGACUACUGGAUGUUGAAGGUAUCAGACACAUGUUAAGACUAUUUGACUUCUAAAGUUCUUCUCUUUGUUUCAGAGAAUGAUCAACAAUUCUCUCAGGAGUAAUCAACUUGGUCUUCCCUUUCCUCAAGUUCAAAGCAUCAAUAAAAUCAUCAGCAUAAUA